AUGCUUCCCAACUUCGACAUCCACGAUCCCUUGACAUCCCCAAUGACAGCAUCCACCACCGACUCCAGGGCGGUGCCGCCUAGCUCCAAGAUGUCGCUGGACUUCCUGACACAACCUGACGCCCAGCUGCGAGAGCCCGCUGAGCUCGCAGCCGCUCUGGCGAAGCUGGACGAGAGACUCAGGGAGUCGAGUAUUCCGUACAGUGACCCACUCAUCCUCGACCGAGAGAUCGUGGAAGCCGGUGCGCUCCUCAAAGACGUCGUUAGAACCAGUAGAGACCCCAAUUUUCUCGAGAAUCAGAAGGCGCGGAAGAUUCUCGGUUUUCUCGGUACGAGACUCGAACGUCGUUUGGCCACAGCCCGGAGCGCAAUCGCUCGCAUGCGCAAAGACCGCAUUACGGAACUCCCCACUGAGUUAUUGAUGGACAUCAUGAGUCGAGUAACGAACGGCACUUCAAACAUUGGUCUCGACGGUGACAAUUUUGUCUCAUCCGGUGAGCAUAACCGAAGCCGAGACGUCGAGUCUAUCAAAUCUCUCCGCCUCACCAGCCGCCGCAUGCGCAAUCUGGCCGAUCGCUUUCUCAUCCGCUCGGUCAUCGUCAGAAUGAUGCCACAGUCUCUGGCCAGACUCGUCGAGAUUUCGCAUCACCCAGUCUUCUCUCAUACCGUUCGCUGCGUGAGAGUCAACUUGGCUUUCUAUGCCAAAGCUCUGGCGAACCUGAACAACUUCGCCGGGUUCGAGAAAUGGCAAUGCGAACGAAUACAUGAACGCUUCGGACUCGCCAACGAGAAAGCGGAUAUAGAAGAAGCUGAAGACCAUAGGGUCUCGGAUCAUACGAUGACUCUGCUCAAACGGCUGGACAAAGAGGCCAUCGCCACGCGGGAGGUCAAGCGAGGACGAGACCCUUUCGCUAGCCUCAAAACGUCUUUCAAGCGAUUACUGCGCGCAGCUCAUGUGCAGUAUAAACAACUCUAUGAUGAAGAGCAACGAAUCCGCAAAGAUCACAGGAACGGCGUCGAUUCGGUCUUUCUGAGAGAGAUCUCCGCUGCAAUGGCUCGGAUGCCUAAUGCCACAAGACUGGAGAUUUCGGACGUGGAUGUCGACCCUGACUGGAAAGACCAUUAUGACAAGCCGGCUGAAGAGCAGGCAAAUAAACUUGCUCUUCUUGCUCAUAACGUCAGGGCUCUGGAAUUCACCAUGAAAUCCAGAGACGACGACGUCUCCGUCACACCUGCCCACUGGCCAGCAGGCCAGGCACAUCUAGAGCCUAUAGCGGCAUAUUUGGCAGCCAUAUCGUCAACUCCAAGCUUAGAAAAGCUUCGCAUCGGAGCGGGCGCUUUUGGAAAUCACAUGUUGGAUGAAUGGGGAGAUCUCAGGCGGUGGCCACUUCUGGCCUCUCUCAUCAAGUCCCAGCCAUGGCCGAGACUCGAACGUUUGGAGCUUGACAAUGUCACCCUCACUUCAAGUCUCCUUGAGGAGCUGAUCGGGGAGCGAUCCACGGAUAUGAUUGUGCGGCUGGAAAGCGUCUUUAUUGACGAAGAAGAUGAGGAUACUUGGCGCGAAAUGCUCGACAUGCUGCGGGCGAAAGCAGACCCUGCUCGGCCCAGGAAAGGGGGCGGCGUAUGCGGCACGGUCUUUGUCGAGGCCCUUUUUGCCCCGUAUGGGGGUGAGAUCAUCGACUUCCUGAAGCGCGACAUUGAACGCAUAUUCGGCAGCCGGGUCAGGCUUAAUGACAAGGCACCGCUCACACCGGCCCUGUCAUAUUUGAGAGGGCUGAGGUCGAAGAAUCCCGUUCCCAUGGUCAUUGGGACGCCUCCGCUUCCACCCAUCCAUCAUCUCGCGGACGACCUCGCCUGGUGA